AGAAAGGCAGCUGAAAAAACACUAGUGGGCUGAAAUCACGAGAAAACUGUUGAGUCAUUUAUAGCGGGGCGCCAGGAGGUCCGCGGGCCCCAGUUUGAGAAGCCCUGGAGUCGGUGAAGUUGAGUCCGUUGUCAGCUGUGAGUCAGCCUGCAGGAACCAGGAAGUGCGUUCAUCCCCGAUUUUAUCACUAAAUACGGCGGUGAACGGGAGCAGAAAUGUGUGCAGCUGCUUCACAGCCAGAGCUGAGGCUGGUGGUGCUGGGUCGGACGGGGGCAGGAAAGAGACCCGCAGUCAGCGCCAUCCUGGGCCUGCAAGACGGAGAGCAGGGCACAGAGCCCAGCGCCAUCCUGGGCCUGCAAGACGGAGAGCAGGGCACAGAGUCUGACGUCAUCCCGGAGUGCAGCAAACACAGAGGAGAGGCUGCAGGCAGACAGGUGGUGGUGGUCUCCUGUCCCGCCUGGUUCGGCUCAGACUGCGACCCCAAAGACAGAAGACGUCACAUUUCCUCCUUCAUCUCCUUAUCGGCUCCUGGACCGCACGCCUUCCUGCUCUGCGUCCCCGUCAACCAGCCGGCCGACGAAGAGGCCAAAGCUCUGGACGUCCUGGAGGAGCUGCUCGGCCCGGCCGCCGUCAGCACCAACACCAUCGUGCUCUUCAGCCACACCGAGGAGCUGGAGGAGGACGAGCGGCUGGAGGAGUACCUGGUCACGUGGAGGAAGGACCUCCGCGAGCUGGCGAGGCGAUGCGGAGACCGAUACCACACGCUGGAGACCCGCGGAGGAGACGGCGAGGAGAGGAGGGCGGUGGAGGAGCUGCUGGAGAAGGUGGAGGAGGGCGGGGCGACACACUUCACCUGCCGUCUGUACGAGGAGGCGGAGGAGAAGGUGAGGGAGAAACAGGCGGAGCUGGUGAGGAAGAGGAGAGGAGAGGAUGGGCGGGCGUCUCCUACACAGGAAAACACCACAGAAGAAGAAAUGGAAGCGGUCCGAGACGAGGCGGAGAGGAGCGUGGAGGACUUGGACGUGGAUGUGGAGAGUGUUUUCCCCUCCCUCAGCGUCUCCCCCUCCUCCCCCUCUCAGUCCUUCCUCUGGGUUUGGUGGGAGAAGCUGAUGGGAUGGGUGAGGCGGCUGCCCAAACUGGUGAGACGGGAGGCCCUGCUGGGGGCGCUGGUCGGCCUGUUUGUCGGGGGGCCGUUCGGAGGGAUAAUGGGCGCCACUGUGGGGUCGGUGGCGACUGAAGUGGGGAGAAGAAAGACAAAGAAAACCAAAUAAGAGUUUAUUAUAUUCAUGUAUUAAGAUGCACCUUUGAGUCGCUUCACUGUGUUAUUGAGAAAUAGAGAAAAACCAGAUGAAGUAUUUUCGUAGGCCAACCAGGAAGUAGCAUCGCCAUGGCGUCUAACAAGAAUUCUCCUCUGGGAUGUUUUCAUGGAUUUUGGAUCAUUAAUAAAUAA